CUGUUUUAACUUGCUUUCACAUGUUGGCAGUGCUGGUUAUUGACGUUUAUAAAAGGUUAGGCGAAGAGCUCCAUAGAUUUUGCACUGUUUUGAGUAUAAAACUUCUAAAAAGUUACAUUAUUCUCCCUCAGUGUUUUUCGCGAGCCUAUCCACUGAUUCGGAAGUUUUUGUGCUGUGUUUUGUAUUAUUUUAAUGUAGCUGUUCACUCUAGAAUGUUCUGAUGUGAUAGACAUGGCGGCUACCAGAAAACUACAAGGUGAAAUAGAUCGGUGUCUAAAAAAAGUGACCGAAGGCGUUGAGACUUUCGAGGACAUCUGGCAGAAAGUUCAUAAUGCCACGAAUAGUAAUCAGAAGGAGAAGUAUGAGGCAGACCUCAAAAAGGAAAUCAAGAAGUUGCAAAGGCUUCGAGAUCAAAUCAAAAGUUGGAUAGCUUCAGGGGAAAUUAAGGAUAAAAGUAUUUUGAUGGAUAAUAGGAAGCUUAUUGAAACUCAAAUGGAGAGGUUUAAAGUGGUCGAAAGAGAGACAAAAACAAAAGCGUAUUCAAAAGAAGGAUUAGGUGCUGCUCAGAAACUUGAUCCGGCUCAGAAGGAAAAAGAAGAAAUGCAACACUGGCUAAGUUCGUCCAUAGAUGAAUUAUCAAUACAGACUGACUCCUUUGAAAGUGAGAUUGAACAGCUGCUAUCAAAAGGAAAGAAGAAACUGGAUAAGGACAAACAGGAAAGAAUGGACGAGUUAAAAUCUCGACUCGAACGACAUCGGUUUCACAUACAAAAACUAGAGGCUCUUUUAAGAAUGCUCGUUAAUGAAUCUGUUGAAGUUAAGCAAAUUAAACCUAUAAAGGACAAUGUAGAUUACUACAUAGAGUCGUGGAAAGAACCCGACUUUGAAGAUAACGAAUUCAUUUAUGAUGAUAUCAUUGGCCUGGAUGAAGUGGAAUUGUCUGGUGUGGGUUUACCUUCUUCAGCUACAACUGACAGUAAUGAUACAGGAGGUACACCUACAUCGAUGAUUUCUGGUUCUUCGCCAAUUGCCUCUCCUGGGCCAAGCAUUCCCCAAAACUGUUCUAGUUUUAAUCAUUCCAUUGAGCCCAUCUUACCGGAAGAGAAGAAAGUCGUGCAGAAGGAAGUCCAGCAAACGCCUAAGCCCAUCAAGCCCACGCCAAUUAGAGCAACCACUACGUCCUUUAAUACGAGCUUAAAUACAUCGUUGGUUAUUUCAAAUGUUGCGUCCACAGCGCCCACAAUGACCAGCACGCCCAAUAAAACAGCUCCGGCCGCUCGAGAGCCUUCGCCUGUGAUGUCUAAUUUGACGACUGUUAGCAAUUUCGCUGCCGUUGCCGCAAACAACAUUAACAAGUCGUUGAACAAUGUGGAUGUUCCGCCCAUCAAUGUUCCACAACAGGUUGUUACUAAUCUGAACGUGGUCCCACCAAAGGCGCCGGUGGAAGUUCAAAAUGUUGUACCUACUAUUGAACCGCCAGCGCCGCCAGCACCCAUCGCCAUCACCAAUCCUGAACCUCCGCCAGUUAUUGCGAACGGAACUGAUAAUAAUGAAAAGAUCUCAGAUGGUAUGUCAACGUUGAAAACGAUGGCACAACAGGUGAUAGACAGAGCGGGCUUAGAAGCACAACCGCCACAACCUCAAGUAAUUUUAGACCCCCCAAGGAACCAUAGUCAUGUUAAAACGGAGGCUCACAUACCUCCCCUGCUUGGUGUGGCUCCUCUUGGCGCUGUUCCUCUACAAAAAGAACAUCAGACUCAGUUCCAGCUGAUGGAGUCUGCCUUUUAUCACAUGCCACAUCCGUCCGAUACGGAGAGGGUUCGACAUUAUCUGCCGAGGAAUCCUUAUAAUACACCCCCAUACUAUAUACAGGCGCCAUUAUUUAAUUCGGACACUUUGGAGUUCUACCAACGACUGGGAACGGAAACGCUAUUUUUCGUCUUUUACUAUAUGGAGGGAACUAAAGCUCAAUACUUGGCAGCUAAGGCGUUGAAGAAACAAAGUUGGAGGUUCCACACGAAGUACAUGAUGUGGUUUCAACGACAUGAGGAGCCAAAAAUUAUUAACGAGGAGUAUGAACAGGGCACCUACAUUUACUUUGAUUACGAAAAAUGGGGACAGAGAAAAAAAGAAGGAUUUACAUUUGAAUAUAAGUAUCUAGAAGAUAGAGACCUUAAUUAAAAUUUAUUGCUAA